GUACAUCACGGUGUGCGGUUCCAUGGCGUGAACAAGGUGCGCAUUGCGCAGCUUUCAAGGAUAAAGGGUACACAAGCAAGCGCAUGUGGUACUAGAAGGUACCCUCACACUCGAUCAAGUGCUUCGCCCUUUCACUAGAUCUGCCGAAACGAAACCUUCAAACCAAGCAUGAGUGCCGAAACACUGAGCGAGGAGCAAAUCGCCGAAUUCAAGGAGGCAUUUUCGCUCUUUGACAAGGACGGUGACGGUACCAUCACCACCAAGGAGCUGGGAACAGUUAUGAGGUCACUUGGUCAAAACCCCACUGAGGCUGAGCUGCAGGACAUGAUAAACGAGGUUGACGCUGAUGGAAAUGGGACGAUCGAUUUCCCCGAGUUUUUGACAAUGAUGGCUAGGAAGAUGAAGGAAACAGAUUCUGAAGAGGAGAUCAGAGAAGCAUUCAGAGUCUUCGAUAAGGAUGGCAACGGAUACAUCAGCGCUGCCGAGCUUCGUCACGUGAUGACCAAUCUUGGUGAAAAGUUGACGGAUGAGGAAGUUGAUGAGAUGAUUAGAGAGGCUGAUGUUGAUGGAGAUGGACAAGUCAACUACGAAGAAUUUGUGAGUAUGAUGACACAAGUGCGCAUUGCGCAUCCAGUUUGCCCGUCAGCUAACCAUAAAAUCAACACAGCCCUACCGGCUUCUGGAAAUCAAUUUCAGCAUUUGCAAUUUAGCGUACGAGUCGAUACGUUACCCGGUAUUUCCCCUGGAGCACCCAGCACAAGCAAAUUCCCGGCCUCAAGCAUGUCGACUGAGCAGCUCUCAGAGGAACAAAUUAGUGAAUUCAAGGAGGCGUUUUCGCUGUUUGACAAGGAUGGUGACGGUACUAUCACCACCAAGGAGCUGGGAACAGUCAUGAGGUCGCUGGGUCAGAACCCCACCGAGGCUGAGCUGCAAGACAUGAUCAACGAAGUUGAUGCUGACGGUAAUGGGACCAUUGAUUUCCCCGAAUUUCUAACUAUGAUGGCUCGAAAAAUGAAGGAAACUGACAGCGAAGAAGAAAUCAAAGACGCCUUCAGAGUUUUUGACAAAGACGGGAAUGGAUUUAUCAGUGCGGCUGAGCUUCGUCACGUGAUGACCAACCUUGGUGAGAAGUUGACGGAUGAGGAAGUUGAUGAGAUGAUCAGAGAGGCUGACAUUGACGGAGAUGGACAAGUUAAUUAUGAAGAAUUUGUGGCCAUGAUGACUUCAACAAGGUAGAUCACAGCCGAUGACGAGCUAUGAACCCUCUGUGACAUCGACAUGAAUUGAAACAACCUUGCCGCUUUUGUGGACCCCAAAACCCCAGCACUUUCAAUCCAUAAAAGCGAGGAGUGAAACGACGCCAUGCUAUUAAACAUAAAUAGUAUUCUUGACUCGGCUACAUGUAGUCUGUUUGCCUGCAUGGGCCUAUUCUCAUUUAAAAAUCACGCACAUUGAGUAAACAUUAUUAUCAUGCAGGACAACUUGGCAUCAAGGUUGAGUUCAUUUCUAUGGAAUUAGUACUGCAAACCUAGAACGACACACAAUCUUACAAUUUUUGAAAUAUUUGUAGUAUAUGGUUCAGAGUAUUUUGCGGUGCAUUUUUAGUGUUAUGAUGUGUAAGUAGUGGGUGUGCAAUGGAAGUAACAAGUGUUUAUAUCAUUUUAAAGAAUUAUAUUUAUUGUUACAUUUAAUCGUACAUAAUAGGUUUAACUUAAUUACACAUUAUUUUCAAUUGAAAUCUCUUCCUGACAUAUCGCGUACAUGUAUAUUCCCCUGUAUACAUCUUGCAGAGAUUCCAUGAUUUUGGAAUUUUACAGUGGUUGAUGCUGGAUCCUAAAAAGACGACACGUUGAAUUUUGUUUGGGGCGCAUAAAUGAAACCAUGGCAGAACAUGACACAAGCAACGACUUCCAUUUUAGCCGGCAUCUUCGGUGGACCAAGAUUUUGUACUUGCCUCCGGUUUACGCCGCUCGCGUAUUUCACCAGAGUGGGAGACACCAUUGUCCGAAGGUCAUCCUACUUCCGACUCCUUUUUAUGAGGUGCGGCCAGAGGUCUCUUCAAGCUGUCUCUACGUCAGCUCGUACGUAUCGCUACAAUUCACAUCUUGUUCCAUUCUGUUAAUUUUUGAAUUCAUCUACCACCAAUUUCAAGCCACUUAUUGUUUGAAAUUUUAUCUAUAAAAGGGGCACUACAUAUUGCGUGUUUUCCCGAACAUUUUAACCCCUUUUUCGAUCAAACUCGUAACUUCAAAUUCGUCUUGAGAAGGCAAGAACGCGCAAAUGCUUCGUUGAAUUUGGUUAGUGGUCAUCAAUAGUCGAUCUUGUUCAACAUAUUUGACCAUUCGAUUUCGUCAGAUUUCUUAGAAAUCGCCUCACCUGAUGAUCAUGUUUGCAGUGUCAGGAUUAAAUUCAUCUAUGUUUUAUUGAUUUCAAGAAUGGUGUACAGACAUACACAGACUUAUUUGGCCCCAGAUGUUAAAAAAAUGAAGGUUGAACUACCGAUCCCGAAGGACAAGAACAGAAUUAUUUGUGGCGGAUGUGAAAAUAUAAAUACCAUCCUUGUCAGAAGUAGGCCUACUUAUUUCUUGAAUGAAUAGGAAGCAUUUGCCUAUAUACGCGUAGACUAAGUGUCUUCCAAUUGUUGACCUAUAAAAUUGUCAAACUACUAAAAUGUACACACAAGUAAGUAUACAAAGAUAUAAUGUUGCUUUUACUGUUCUAUUGUAGAUCUGUAUUAAACAAGAAAAAUAUGAAACAUACAGAAAAUAAAUUGAACAUUUAGUGAGUAGAAAUGGACGAAUGAAGAUGUUAAGAUACUGAAGGAAGUAUGCAAUCGUGUGACGAAUUUUUUCAAUGAAAAUUAUGCAUUAUAUUGAUCGCAAUGACGAAAUUGCGGACAACGAAACCAAAUUGCUUUCCACGAAAAAGUAUGGUAAAUGUAUGAUUUUUUGGAACAAAGUACAACCCCGAGCGGUCAAAGAGGAAAUUAACCGUAGGAUAUGAAAAUUGAAAGGUCGUGACUUUGGGACACGAAUUUGAACUUAACCGUUUGUGGAUUUGAACAAAAAAGUUGGAAAUGUGCGAGAAAACCUAUAAAAUAAUACAGGUAUUUGAUAUGUAUAAUCUUUAAAGUAUACAUUAUGAAUAAUAUGUGUUAGAAUUUAAGAAUACUAAGGUUUUGGUGUUUUGGUGACAAGUAACAUAUAAAAAAGUGCAUAAAAUAAUUAAAAAGGUGCAAAGAUAGCAAACCUCAUGACAUCAACCAGUACACGGCCAUCUGAAGUUUUGCAUUUUGAUUUCUUCAUGGGCAUAUGAAUGCAGAUUUUAUAUUACGAUUAUAUUUGAACUCUUUUGUAAUAAAUUCGGUUUAUUUGUAUGAACGCCA